AUGGACAAGAAAAUGUAUAAUAUCAAGACCGACGAACCGUUCACUCGCUAUGCCGAGAUUACCACCAUGAUGUACCGGCGGUUUUCGGGGGAUAUCCCAACAAUGCUUCGCUCUAGCCCCGGCGUGACUUCUGAGUUUACGACCUGCGAUAUUGCCAUUGCUGAGGAUCUGUCUGAACUCGCAGCUCCUUCGCCUACUGAGCCUCAAGGGGAACCUUCUUCGAUGACCCUUGCCAUUGUCCCGACCCCGAUGGUCGAAGCUCCUUUAAUAGCUGAAGGUCUCUCAACACCUGAAGACCCUUCAUCUGCGGAUAUUAUCUGGGAUCUUCCUGCUGCUUCUCUCCUUCUAUCGCCCAUCGAAGACGUUCAAGUUGUCACUAACUUGAAUAAGAUAUUGGAUGAGCUAUUGGAUGGAUCCAUCCAGCUACUAGAUUUUUGUGACUACGCUAGGCAAACCUUGUUGCGACUUAAGGAAAAUGUAUGGGUGUUGCGAUCCGCUCUCCGGCGGAGAAAGGGUGAACCAGGCAUCGAGACGGGUGUGGCGGAAUACGCCAAAUUCUUGAAGGGAAUGAUGAAGGAUGCCAAAAGAUUGAUGGCUGCAUUGAGGAAGAUGGUAACCAAAUUUGAAGAUUGUGAACUGAAGAAUGAAGAUCACCACCUCUCGUCAGUGAUGGGAGUGGUGAGAGAUGCUAAUUUGCUAAGCACUUCAAUUUUCCGAUCUCUGUUGACAUUCUUGGCAAUGCCAAUGUCAAGGUCCAACAGGAAAAUUAGCGGGUGGUCCGUAGUCUCGAAAUUGUUGAAUCCAAAGGGAGCAAUAUCAUGUGAUCAAGAAGAUAAGCAAGAGGAUGUGAAUGAGUUAGAAUGUGUGUGGAUUGUGCACUCACCACAAUGUGGAAGCACAUUUCAAGGGAAGGGGUUGAUGGGGAGAAGUUGCAAGUCACCCAAAGAAAAUUGGAGGAUUUGGAGAUUGCGAUUGGAAGGAUUGAGGAUGCCCUAGAGGGAUUGUGCAGGUGCUUGAUUAGAACCAUGGCCUCUCUUUUGAACGUCAUGUCACAAGAGGGGAAACUCUUUCGGUUGCCCAAUUUUGUUCCUUCAUAUGUAUUGAGAUGUACA